GUCGAAGACGAAGACAGAACAUCACAAGAGUGUGUGAAAUGUCUCCUCGUACAGAUGUACGCAUUUUGAACAAAAAGAAAAAUGGAUAGUAGCCAUAGACACCAAGAGACAGCAUUCACUUUCACGUGUCUACUGAUCGGAAACACGGUACUGUUUACAAGUGCAGCUACCAUUUGUUUAUCGUUAUCGUUACUUACUAACUAUUGGGAACAUGUUACAUUUGAUAUUAGUAAAGUACAGAAAGUAGCAGAUAUUAAUAACCAUAGUAUAAUUUGGACAGAUAACAGAAUAGCACGUAUAAACGUAAUCAAUCCAAAUAAAGGUAUGGAAGGUGCAAACGUACUUAGUAACCUUAGCCAUACAGGUGUGUUAUAUUUGGUUUCUCUUCAUGGCGGAGUUCAUUCUUUAUGCCCCGAUGUCACAGUCAAAGAAAAAGAAUUUCUUCAAAAAGAAGAAGUGCCUAUCAGAUGUUACUCUUAUUUAGCACCCAAAGAUAUGGUAUUUAAAAAUACAAGAUUAGAUCGAAUGAGAAAUUUAGCCAUGUCGUGUGCUAUGGUAAGUUUAAUACUUCUUGCAUCUAGUGCUUUAGUGGGAACAUUCGGUUUAGCCAAAAGACAAAUUAGUGCUAUUAUGGUAACGGGAGUUAUGUUCAUCCUAGCAGCUUUAUUUGGAACAUUUACUUUAGCCUUUAUGUAUUUUAAGCGAUUAAAACCGGCAAGUUUCAACACUAAUACUGUAAUUGAUAAUGGUGUUCCUCAAGAAUAUUUGAACACUCGAGUGUUCACAUUCGGUUGGUCGGCAUCUCUAGGAUGGAGUGGAAUAACGUUAUGUGUCAUAACCAGCAUUUUAUGGCUCCUACUAGCUAGGGUGCUUCGUUACCAAGUACUAUGCACAACGUAGUGCCAAGAUCUCUGAAUGUUUCGAAGAAAUUGAUGCUUUGCAACAAAAUUCGGUGCCUUUACACAUCACAAAAAAGAGAAAAAAAACAAAGAUUUUUCUUCUUUAAAGUAUUAUUUGUGUUUUUAUUAAAUUAAUUCAUUACAAUUUAAUAAAU